AUCCAUCAAAGACAGUGGUCAGAAAUGAGAAACCAUACAGUGAUAGCAUUAUUUAUUCUUUGGGGAUUGACAGAUGACCCACAGCUGCAAGUUCUACUUUUCAUCUUUCUGUUUCUGACCUACAUGCUAAGUGUAACUGGGAACUUGACCAUCAUCAUCCUGACUUUGGUGAAUCCCCACCUUAAAACCCCCAUGUAUUUUUUCCUUAGGAAUUAUUCCUUCUUAGAAUUGUCAUUCACAACUGUCUGUAUUCCCAGAUCCCUGUACAACAUGUCAACUGGUGACUAUACUGUGACCUAUAAUGCAUGCUUCACUCAAAUAUUUUUUAGUAUCAUCUUUGGGGACUCAGAAUUUUUCCUCUUGGCUGCCAUGUCUUAUGACCGCUAUGUAGUCAUCUGCAAACCCCUUCACUAUACAGCCAUCAUAAACAACAGAGUCUGUAACCAGCUCCUCCUGGGUUGUUGGCUGUCUGGGUUGAUGAUCAUCCUUCCACCACUUGGUGUGGCUCUUGAGCGAGAAUUCUGUGACUCCAGUAUUAUUGACCAUUGUGUCUGUGAUGCAUCACCACUGCUGAAAAUCACUUGUUGUGAUACACAGUUCCUAGAAAGAAUGAUUUUAGCGUGUGCUGUGUUGACACUCAUCAUCACCUUAGUGUUAGUGGUUCUAUCUUAUGCCUAUACUGUCAGGACUAUUCUGAGAUUCUCUUCUGCCCAGCAAAGGAAAAAAGCCUUUUCCACUUGUUCUUCCCACAUGAUUGUUGUCUCCCUUACUUAUGGAACCUGCAUCUUCACUUAUAUCAAAUCUGCAAAAGAAAGAGUGGCUUUGAAUAAGGUAGUUGCAGUACUUGCAACCUCAGUAGCACCAGUAAUGAACCCCUUUAUUUACACCCUGAGGAAAAAACAAUUGAUACAAGCUUUUAUAGUUAAAUUCAAAAGGAUUGUAUUGAUUUCAAAGCUAUGA